AUUCAUUUCAACAGUCAAGUGUGCUACGUAUAGAGAGCUUAACUAGUCGGACGUCCGCUUGACCUGCUUAAUUCUCCAUCUUACAAGGAAAUUAACACCAAUGCACAUAGCCAUAGCAGGGUUGGUGUUGUCGGUGGCUGCUGGUGUGACAGUGGGUCUGACUGUCUUGUGUUUCUUGUUCACAAGAUGCUGCACAAAAUUGCGUCUACAAGCCAAGAAACGCGCCCGAAAACCUCCCACAAAAAGGCCUCGUAUACCUGACCCCGAGCCAUCAUCAUCUUCCUCAUCAGACAGCUAUUUGAGUCCUAUCUCCUUUCAAAGGCCUGCAAUCCUCCCUGCCUUGCCCCUGCAGAAGCCUCCACACAAACCUCAGGAUGUGAAAAAGGAAGAUAACACAACAUUUCUUGAAGAUAAUAAAUAUGAGAACAGUACUUUCGACUAUAUGCCACAUGUUUUAGCCCCUAAUCGUUCUGAAGACCUGCCUCCUUCUAUGUAUAACGUGGCGAAAUCCCAGACAUCACCCAUAUGUAAGCCUUUCCAAACUCCAAUAACUGUGCGAACUCAAGGCGACAAGUCAAGCACUCUGAAGUUUAUGCCUCCCGAACAUAGUGACAUGUCCUAUACUUGUGGAGAAAUGCCAACUAUCAACAUCUACUCGACUCUCUCCUCUCUGAUGCCACCGACUAGAAAGGUUGGCCUGCUUCCACUGGAAGCAGGGGAGGGAACUUCCACAGAGGAUUCUGGAAACAAUCGCAUCACAAUGACAGAAAUGGAGCUAGGCAACGACCUGCGUAUAAAGUUCAAAGUGAAGAUGGAUGAGUGAUGUAUAGAAGAAAGGGAUGGCGAUGAUAGAGGGAAGACGACAGGACGUAACUGACCGACUCUGAUCUUAAUCCUAGUCCUGAGGUGUCAUCUCUACGUUUCUACAAAGAGGACGAGAAUUACAUAGUGUUACACAGAUACACCGGCUACAACAAACUUUACGGUCCUCACAAGGUGAUCUGACCUAGGACUACAUUUUUAUAUAAGAAAAAGACAGCAAAGCAAAAGGCAUUCGAGACGAGAAAGGAAAAGAAAGAUGUAGAGGUAUAGUGAAACCCCUCCAUAUUUGAUCCAUGAUUUUUUUCUAUGUAUUAUAAGUGUUUAUCUUGUUCAAUGAUAUGGCUUCGUUGAGAAUGUGAACAAAACAAACAUAUAUAAGUUACGCCAUGUUCUGUACAAAUGCGUACACGGACGCGCUAACGGAAUAACAACUUAGAGAUUGUUAAGUAAAGGCAAGGCAGAAUAAAGGAAUACGUGAAGAGAUGAAAUAGCAAUCUGGUUGGGCUGAUUUGCAAUAGAAGCAUAAUGCAAUAGCUAAAUAUGAUUAUAUGAUCAUAAUCUUCCUUACUGUACGAUGAAGAGCUCUCUUUGGCCAUUAUUUUGCUUAAUGCUUUAUGAAGUUUUAUUAUUAGCACAACUGUUAGGCAAUAACCUGCUCAGUAAAGAUAUCUUUUAAGUAAGUCAAACUGUGCUCGGCUCUUGUUAAUAUUUUAUGUAAGGUGAACUAUCUCAAAUCCUGCUCUGUAUUAAUGGAAAGAUUCAGAAAUUAGGGUGUUAGUAUUGAGUCAUUAGGGAGCUUUAAAGAAAUAUUAGGCAAAUUUAUAGAUGGUGUUAUUGGUGGAAUAGGUACUAGGUAUACUUCAAACAUGGACUGGCACGUGUAGGCUUGAUGGCUUAAUGUAGCUUCCCUUAUUUUCUUACGUUCUAAUGUUAUUAUAUUAUUAUGUAUGUGAAGUGGUGACAGAGAGAGAGAGAGAGAGAGAGAGAGAGAGAG